GUCGGUGUUUUUGUUUGAGCCGUUUGACUUCCAGAGAAGGUGUGCUGUAGCUGUUGCUGUGAUGGUGUUGUUUCCGAACUCACUAACGGAGGAAGAGGAGUCUCUACAGAAGAAGUAUGCUAAACUUAAGAAAAAGAAAAAGGCACUUCUUGCACUGAAGAAGCAGAGUUCAACCAACCAAACAAACCAGAGUGGCUUGAAACGGACGCUGUCGGAUCAGCCUGUUGUUGAUACCGCCACAGCGACAGAGCAAGCUAAGAUGCUCAUCAAGUCAGGCGCCAUCAGCGCCAUUAAAUCAGAGACCAAGAACUCCGGCUUCAAACGCUCCCGAAUGCUAGAAAUCAAACUUAAGGACCCAGAAAAAGGUCCGGCUCCUGCCUUCCUACCCUUCCAAAGGAGUGUCUCUAUAGAUGAUGAUCCACAUGAGUCUGGAAAGAGAGGUCAAAUGAAGAGUCUGUAUGAAAGCUUCGUUAGUUCAAGCGACCGAUACCGGGAUGAAGAAGAAGGAGGCGGCUUGUCGUCCAGCCGUGAUGUGGACCGAGAACGGGACAGAGACAUAGACAGGGAGUGGGAAAGAGACAGAGAUCGGGAUCGAGACCGGGAACGGGAACAGGAUAGAGACAGAGGCCGGGACAGAGACAGAGACAGAGACAGAGACAGGGAAAGAGAACGAGAACGAGAAAGACACAGAGAACGAAGCAGAGAGAGAGACAGAGACCAGGACAGGGAGCGGGACAGAGACAGAGACACACCUUUCAGAAGAUCGGACUCGUACCCGGAGCGCAGAGGUGUGCGUAAGGGGAACACGGUGUAUGUUUACGGCUCCGGCCUGGUGGAGGACAGCCUGCGCUCGGCCUUCUCCCAUCAUGGGAACAUCAUCGACCUCUCAAUGGACAACCCGCGCAAUUGUGCAUUUAUCACGUUUGAGAAGAUGGAGUCUGCAGACCAGGCUGUAGCUGAGUUGAAUGGAGCUGUGGUGGGAGACGUUCAUAUCAGAGUCAGCAUUGCCAGGAAGCAGCCCAUGCUGGACGCUGCCACCGGAAAAUCAGUGUGGGCCUCCCUCGCUGUGCAGAACAGCACCAAAGGCUCGUACAGGGAUAAGAGGAACCAAGUGGUCUACAGUGAAGACUUCCUGGAAUAAAAGAAGUUUUUUUUUUGUUUUGUUUUAAUGAGAAGCUGGCCUGUAUCAUGGAAUUGUUUUUCGUUGAAUUGAAUAAAUCACAUUCUCAAGUAGAAUUCCACAAAACUGGGAUUUAUAAGGUUUCUGCACAUCUUUCCUGGCAAAAUCCUGAACUCUUCUGGACUCCUCCGAUCAUUUUUAAAAGUGAAAAUAUAAAACUUCACGGCUUUAUUAGGAAUUUGACAGAAGGAUGGAGGAAUGAGUUGACCAAAUUUUCAGACAAUACAGAAUGAAAUCUCAUCAUCUUCAUUUAAAGUCUGACCGUUUGAGAAAAAUCUGCCAUCAAUCGUGAAGAAAUAAGUCUGAAAAUUUAUAACUUAAAAUUUUAAAUAGAUAUACAAUGUAAAAUAAUUAAGACGCAGUCUUGUUUUCUUUCAACUCUGUGCAACUGAAAACAGUAUUUUAUGUUGUAUUUAUUUGGACUUUUAGGCUUAAAUGUUACGCAUCAAACCUUAAAUAUAUAUUUUUUUUAAAUUGUACUACAAAUCUUCAAAAUUAAAUAAGCGUCCUUCAUCGACUGUGAAAAUAACCAAACUUAAAUCGUUCCUGAGUGCUCUCCAAGUUUAUUACCUGUGCAGCUCGCUUCAUUUCAAACCGAUAUUCGGAUCAUUGAUGCGUUUUAAUCAACCUUCUGUGUGCAGCAGAUGAACAGAUUGAAAUUAGAAUCACUGAUUUACCAUUACAGUACAAAUAUCUACAUAAAAACAGGACGUUAGUAAUUUUCUCUCAUUUUUUUGUUACAUGACACAUUACAAAAUAUCUCACUCAAACCCAAAGGAGAAAAUAGUUCACAACAAUUUCAGAUAUGUAAAAAAAAAAAAAAAAAAA